AUGAAGCACAAUAACAUUCUUCCGAAUGCUCAUUUUCACAAGGAUUGGCAGUUGCGUGUUAAGACUUGGUUUGAUCAGCCAGGACGCAAAAAGAGGAGAAGAAUUAACCGCAUUCAAAAAGCCGCUCGAAUCGCACCACGUCCUACCGAGCUUUUAAGACCGGCAGUGAGAUGUCCUACAGUUAAAUAUAAUACUAGAUUGAGGGUUGGUCGUGGAUUUACCCUUGAUGAACUUAAGGCGGCAGGCAUUCGUCGCAAGGAGGCACUUACGAUUGGAAUUCCUGUUGAUCACCGACGCAAGAAUCGAUCAGAAGAAUCCCUUCAAUAUAAUGUCCAGCGAUUGUUAGCCUAUAAGAGUAAACUUAUUAUCUUCCCUCGGAAAUCUAAAUCUAAAAAGAAGGAUAUUUCGGAGCCUGCUGAAAUUGCGACUGCCACUCAGCAUAAGGGAACUGUCUUAGCAAUUCAGCAAACGUGGCCUGAAGAGGAGGCACGUGCUAUCACCGAGGAAGAAAAGGCAAUUAGUGCUUACGCUACUUUGCGUAAAGCUAAAUCUGAUGCCCGCCUCGUUGGUGUACGUGAAGUUCGUCGUAAGGCUAAGGAAGAGGAAGAAGCUAGCAAGAAAAAAUAA